AAAAAAGUCAUUCUCCGGACUGACGUCUCUCUUUUUUUAUCGUCUAACGGACGUCUCUCUCUGUGCGAGGAAAAAUGUCUGCGAAUCAUCAACACCUGCUACGCCUAGUCCUCUCGUGCCGGAAAAUCACGGCGCAGGUCACAAAGCCCUCAACCUCCACCAUCAUAGCCAUAGCCUCCUCCACGGAGCAAGAGUUCCUCGCCCAGUAUCGCACCAGACUCAACCGCUUCCCGCUAUCCCACCACAACUGGGAUGCCAAAAUGGCAUCGCGUGUCGGCGAGAAGCUAGGGUUCCGCCUCAAGGAGAUUGGCGUCACCAGCAUCAAUAUCGACCUCGACGAAGAGCUUUCUCGCCCUAUUCAUUACAGGAAGAGGGUCUUGCCCCUGUUCGAUUCGGUGAAACGCGUUGGCGUGGCCGUCGAUGGGGCAGAGAAAUUAGGAGAGGUUAGCCCCCGUUAGAUUACGCUUGGAAGGUGAUCACUGAAUAGGGAAAGUGGCUCUGCUAAAUAUGCAGCCUCUGUUUUGAUACUCCUAGUCCCUCAUCCUGUCAAUGCAAGAAGAAUCAUCGAUCAUUGCGCUCCUUGUGGCAACAUCACCACCCUUUUCAAUUAGAAAACAAUCGCAGCAACUGUGGCCACCAAAAUGUGCAUUUGCUUGCUAAACUCAUGCUUGUACUAUGCCAAAUAUUAUGUUUAGAUGACCAGUUACAACUUCACAACUAGUUAUGAAUGCAUUUAGCAUUCUUUAGCUAUCCAUAUAUGCCAUAUAGAAAUGGUAAAGGGGUCAGGUCGAACGUUUGGAAUUGGUACAUUGGGGUUUGAGUUAUUUUAGACUUUGUCUUUUCUUUUUAUUUUUUAUGAAUUUAGGUUGGAUCAUAAUUUAGUGAUUUGAAUUAUUUAUUGGAUAGUUAUGUUUGAA